GCGGAAGUGCUGCUUGGCCCGAAAUCCACUCCAAACAGCCAGUGAUCAACACCAACUUUUGACACUUAAUUCCCCUAGUCGGGUUUUGUCGACAGCCUGCGGCCUGCGUGCACACCAGCAGCCGCAAGAGCUCGUUUCUCACAAUGGCGCUCCGAGUCAAUAUCCCUCCUGCGACCCGUACCUGUCUCAUCAGCCUGCUCACCCUCUCCCUCCUGUACAAUAUCGCCCGAUGGCGACAAAUUGAUGCCACGGGGGGGCAUCCCUUGACCACGCCAGUUGUGCCCUAUCUGACACUCGUCCCAACCGAGUUCUUUUAUUACCCCUGGACAUUUCUUACCGCGACUUUCGUGGAGCAGAAUAUCUUUACGGUUCUCUUGAACGGCGCCACCCUGUUCUAUGGGGGCAAGUACCUAGAGCGCGCUUGGGGUUCCCGAGAGUUUGCGAAAUUCAUUCUGACCAUCGCGGUGAUUCCGAAUGUGACGAUUGUUCCCAUUUAUCUCUUAGGAACUACCAUCAGGGGUGGUUCGACCAGCGGCGUAACCCAAAUAUGUGGUGGCAUAUCGAUCCAAGCCUCCUUCCUUGUGGCUUUCAAACAACUUGUUCCCGAGCAUACUGUGACUAUAUUCAAAGGCCUAGUGAAGAUGCGGGUGAAGCAUUUCCCGGCGCUUUUCCUAUUGCUAACCACGAUCAGUGGCAUAGUAAUUGGAACACACGUGGCGGCGAUACUCUCCUGGCUCGGCCUAUUGACUAGUUGGACCUACCUUCGGUUCUUUAAACGGCAGCCGGAUUUAACAGGUACAUCUACCGACGGUUUAGGCUUUAAGGGAGACGCAAGUGAGACGUUUGCAUUCGCAUGUCUCUUCCCAGACGCAAUCCAGCCUCCAAUUUCGUUUGUCUCGGAACAAAUUUACUCUUUGCUCGUCGCAUUGAAGAUUUGCACCCCGUUCUCGGAUGAAGAUAUUGCAUCGGGCAACCAACAAGUUCUUGCGAGAGGGGAGGCCGGUCUUCCCACUCUUCUUAACAACCAGAGAGGAGGAAUGAGGGGUGCAGCUAAGCGUGAAGAGGCGGAGCGGAGACGAGCAUUGGCUCUCAAGGCAUUGGAUCAGAGACUUCAAGCUGCUGCUGCCGGAAGAGCGCAUUCCCCGUCUCCACUGAAUCAGCAAGGUUCAAGCCAAACCCAGACUGCAACACCGACUGUAUCAGCCGGCCAGAGCAUGCUGGGCGAGACGAGCUAUACGCCAGAUCAUGCUUAAAUUGAGAUGUACCGCUCGCUUUGUGGUUAUUAAGGAGUUUAGGAAUGUUUGAGAAUGGCUCGCGUACGGGUAUUGUAUGUUGACCUACUACUUAUGAGUGUGACAUUUGAAUAUGGAGAAAAUGUAGGGUUUGGGGUAGGAAAGUUAUGUUUCUGGUGUGACUUAUUUUUUGUACUUGGCUGUACACAAUGAGCCCGAUAUAUAUAAAGGCUCGUUGUUUUGUCUUUGCUUUGAUGAUAUCCUGACGAUGUAUCUAUCCCUCAAGAUCACA